UCCGGAUCACAACACAACAACAACCCAGGAAGGAGGAAGCAGCCGCAGGAGGAGAGAUUUGGGUGGGGGGAUCUGGAGCUCGCAGCACAGAAUCUCAAUCUUGAUUACUCUGUACAUUCCCAGAACCUGGCUGGAUGAGUGCAGCCCAGGGGGGCUGGAGCUGUGACAUGGUGCAGCCAGGAGGGUGCCCAGGCAGUGACUGCGGCAUGAUGGGGGAAGACUCCUCUCUGGGCAAAGCUGGCACCCUCCACCUGCCAGCUGAGCUGGCAGGAAAUGAGGCUGUGCAGCACUUCCUGGCUGAGAACAGGGAUCUCAAAGAAGCCAUCCGCCAAAGCAACCACAUGCUGCGAGAGCGCUACCGGGAGUUCUUGGAAUUCCAGGUCUCCCACAAGGAGGAGAAAGAGUUCCUCAUGGCUAAGUUCCAGGAGGCUCGGCUCGUGGUGGAAAAUUUGCACUCGGAACGCCUGGAGCUGAAGAAGCAAUUGCAGCAGGCUGCACAGGAGCUGGAGCAGCUGAAGAUGCAGCUGGCGACGUCUCAGCCGUUUCCCUUGGGGAAAGAGAUCGCUGAAGCACAAGAUGAACCCGAUACUGUGACCCUUACUCAAGAGGAGGCCAUACUUGCAAUGGCCCCUGAGAUGCCACAACAGAAACAGGGGAGGCUGGAGGAGGAUUUGAAGGCGCUCCAAGAAGCCCACCAGGCCUUGCAGAAAGAGAAGCUGGCGUUGCAGGCUGAAAUCUGUGCACUGAAAGAAGCGGCAAAGGGCGCCUUGCCCAAAGAGGCUGAAAGAAAGAUUAAAGAGAAUGGGCUUCCACUAGAACAGCCCCUGGAGUUCGACUCCCUGCAAGGCUCAGAGGACAGGAAAAGAUCUGAUGCUGACCAAGCUGAAAAGCUGAGCAAGAAGCUGAAGGAGGCCGAGGACAAAAAUUCAGCCCUUCGUCAGCAACUGGCAUCAACCCAGGAGGAGCUAGUCCGUCUGGCAGCCCGGGAGCAAGAGACCCAACAGCAGCUACAAACCCUGAGCAAGCAGUUGGAGCAGGUUGGAGGGGACAAGACCUCUGCAAAGGCCCAGGUGACUUCGCUGCUGGGUGAACUGCUGGAAAGCCAAAGCUGCCUGGAGAGUAGCAAACAGGAGAAGAAAGAGAUGGAGGAGCGGGUCCGUGGGGCUGGUGAACGGCUGCAGCAGCUUGAAAGGGAGGCUGAAACCCGCACCAAACAGCACAGUGUACAGGUGGAUCAGUUGCGGCUGCAAGUGCAAAAUCUAGAAAACGCCCUACGGCUGGAGCGGCAGAGUGCCACAGAGGAAAAGAGAAAAUUAGCCCAGCUGCAGGUGGCCUACCACGAACUCUUCCAGCAGUACGACACCCAUAUCAAAGCCACCAUUGAAAAUGAGAAGAGGAGCAAGGGCUUGGAUCUGCAGGCUGCUGAAUUGUUUCAGCAGUUACAGCAGGCCGAGGAGGCUCUAGUGGCCAAGCAGGAGCUAAUUGACAAGCUGAAGGACGAGGCUGAACAACACAAAACUAUCAUGGAGACUGUACCUGUACUCAAGGCACAGGCUGAUAUCUACAAGACAGACUUCUUAGCAGAGCGUCAGGCUCGUGAAAAGCUACAUGAACAGCGAGAGGUUCUGCAGGAGCAAUUUGCACAACUGCAGAGAGAUUAUGAGAAGCUGAAAGCAGACUCUGAGGGGGCCAGCCGGGCUUUGAUGGAAGAAAUGAGGAAUCGCCAUUCAGAAACACGCCCACCACCUCAGCCCGCUUUUCUGAUGGGUGCUGGUCAGUACCUUCCCCCGCACAUACCAGGGCGAAGACAGAGCAUUCCUGAAGAACCGUUUAACUACUCUUGUCCCAAAUGCCUGUACAGAGCUCCAGACAUGGACACACUACAAAUCCAUGUCAUGGAUUGUAUCCAGUGACACUGAUGUGCUUUUGCUGUCUUGCCUUAAACAGACCCAGCAGUUCAGGUGUUAAGAGUUGACCUUGGAGCAAAGAUCAUGGACUGUUUGCUCCUCACCUGUAUGUCAUUACCUUUUUUCCUAUGAGAAUGGUUGAGCCUGCUGCUGUCCUUCAUCAGGGCCUGACUACCAUAGCCAUGGGGAAAGGGGGUUUGCACUAUUUCUGGCUUUGUGUGAAACAAUCUUAAUUGUUUGUUCUACUGUAUGUCAGGUAUACUGGGGAUUGGGCCACCUCUUUAGCACAGACGGUUACUUAUUUCUUAGUAGCUCUCCUUUCAGGGGUGGUAAGAAGAAUCCCCCUUUCUCUAUGAAGAUUGCUAGUUCUUGCUUCCGUGCCUCACAGGAAGAACCCCUCAGGUUGCCCUAACUGUGCCUUCAACAUUUCCUCAGUCAAGCUGUGAUGAGGUCGAUUAUACAUAAAAUACAAUAAGGGGACAUUUUUUCUUCUGCUUUUUAAGAACUGCUCCCAGUUGAAACUGCUUAUUGUGGUUAGUUACCAAUCCUACAACAUGAAUAGCCACUGUAUGACUCUUAUUAUUAUCUAAAGUCAAUUAAAGUAAAGUUCAACAUUA